AUGGCGCAGACCAUCUCCGUCUCUUACCCACUCCCCUCCUCCGCCCGCCACGCGCCGCCGCUCCCCAAUGCCACGGCGCUGCGGGCCGCCGCCGCCCCGCCCUACUCCGCCGGCGUCCUCAUCUCCCUCAUACGCCACUGCGCCGACCUCCACGGGGAUGGCACCGGCCGCGCCGCGCGCCGCCUGGCCCCGCAGCUGCACUCGCUGGCGCUCAGGACCGGCCUCUCGCGGGACCCCCGGGUGACGUGCGCGCUCGUCGACCUCCUCGCUCGCCUCGGCCGGCUCCCCUCCUGCGCGCGCCUGCUCGACGAGGCGCCCGAGGGCGCCAAGGACGCCGUGCUCUGGAACAAGCACGUCGCCAUGCUGGCCGAGGCGGAGGGGUGGCACGACGCGAUCGCCGUGUUCAGGGAGAUGCAGGCGCGCGGGGUGCCCGCCGACGGGUACACGUGCGCGCGGGUGCUCCACGCGUGCGGCCGCGCGGAGGCGCUCCGUGAGGGGAGGGCCGUCCACGCGCACGCGCUCAAGCUCGCCCUCCACGCGCACCCCCUCCUGCCGGGCUUCCUCGCCGGCAUGUACGCCGAGAACGCCGACAUUGCGUCGGCCACUAGGGUGCUCGACGCGAUGGGGACGGACAGCAUCGUGCCGUGGAACGCGGUCGUCGCGUGCUGCGCGCGGCUCGGCCUCGUGGACGACGCCCUGGAGCUCGCGGAGUGCAUGGCCAGGUUGGGGCCGGAGCCCAACGUCGCGACGUGGAACACCGUGCUGUCAGGCUGCUCCCGCCACGGCCGCCACCGGGAAGCGCUCGGCGCCGUCGCCAGGAUGCUGAAGCAAGGGCUGCGGCCGGACGCCACAACCGUGUCCAGCCUCCUCAAAUCAGUGGCUAACACGGGGCGGCUCGGCCAUGGCAUGGAGAUCCACUGCUUCUUCCUGAGGAACCAGCUCGAGGCGGACGUCUACACGGGGACGGCGCUCGUGGACAUGUACGCCAAGUGCGGUCGACUCGAUUGCGCCAAGAAGGUGUUCGACGCCCUGGAGCACAGGAACCUGACCACCUGGAACUCGCUGGUCGCAGGGUACGCCAACGCCGGGCAGUUCGACAAAGCUCUGGAGCUCGUGGAAUUGAUGAAGAGGAACAGGCUCAAUCCGGAUAUAACCACUUGGAAUGGACUGAUCACUGGUUACUCCAUGAACGGCCUGAGCUCGCAGGCAGUGCUUCUUCUCCGGCAGAUCAAGGCAGCUGGUGUGACGCCCAAUGUGGUCUCAUGGACGUCACUGAUCUCAGGGAGCUGCCACAAUGGGGAGUACGAAGAUUCAUUCUACUUCUGCCAUGAGAUGCAGAAGGACGGUACCCAGCCUAGCAUGGUUACCAUGUCAGUGUUGCUCCGGGCUUGCGCUGGAUUAGCUCUGCUAAAGAAGGGGAAGGAGCUGCACUGCUUUGCGCUGCGAAGAGCAUAUGACUGUGACAUGGUUGUCAGUACAGCACUAAUUGACAUGUACUCCAAGACAGGAAGCUUGAUUAGUGCAAAAACGAUAUUUGGAAAGAUUCAGCAAAAGAAUUUGGUGCUCUGCAAUGCGAUGCUGACUGGUCUGGCACUCCAUGGACAAGGUCGCGAGGCAAUAGAACUGUUCCAUGACAUGUGGAACUCAGGAUUGAAGCCGGAUUCUAUAACCUUCACUGCACUUCUAACUGCCUGCAGAUCGAUGGGCUUGGUUACAGAAGCGUGGGAGUACUUCGACAGCAUGGAGACUAAGUAUGGUGUAAAGCCAACGAGUGAGAAUUACGCCUGCAUGGUUGACCUAUUGGCAAGGUGUGGUUAUCUUGAUGAGGCAAUGGAUUUCAUUGAGAGGUCACCAAUUGAUCCAGGGGUUAGCUUGUGGGGAGCACUUCUCACAGGUUGCUCAAUACAUGGGAAUCUUGCUCUUGCAGAGGUGGCUGCGAGGAAUUUGUUCAGAUUGGAGCCUUACAAUUCAGCCAACUAUUUGAUGAUGAUGAACUUGUAUGAGCAUGAGCAGAUGUAUGAUGAAGCUGAGAGCCUGAAGUAUGCAAUGAAAGCAAGAGGAGUGGACAGUAGACCAGGAUGGAGUUGGAUACAGAUCGAGCAAGGUAUCCAUGUCUUUGAGGUCGAUGGGAAGCCGCAUCCUGAAACCGCAGAGAUAUAUGAAGAGCUUAUUCGCCUGGUGUUUGAAAUUAAAAAAACAGGAUAUGUACUGGACACCAGCUGCAUAGUGUAUAAUGUUCAGGAAGAAGAGAAAGAGAAACUUCUCCUUGGCCAUACCGAGAAGCUUGCCAUCACUUAUGGGCUGAUCCGCUCGGAUGCAAGUAGAAAGCCUGUCAGGGUGAUCAAAAACACCAGGAUGUGCAACGACUGCCAUGAGGUGGCAAAGCAUAUUUCUUCUCUAUGUGAUCGACAAAUUGUUCUUCGUGAUGCUGUUAGGUUUCACCAUUUUGUGGAUGGGAAAUGUUCUUGCAAUGAUUACUGGUGAACACUGAACUACCUGAUCAAUUCACCCACCAUUUCUGUCUCCUACUUGGCUUUCUUCGUCCGGCUGAUGUUGCAGGCGAGUGAGCAUGCCCUGUUCGAGGAGGGCGAAGAAGACGGAGGAGAAGAGGAAGGAUGAAUUCAUUGGCUAAAUAUUCGCUUUGGUAUCUGAAUCUAGUUUGUACAAAAGCUCAUCUUAGAUGUAUUAGUUAGCUCUGCAC